AAACUGAUAAACUGCCUUGUUCUUGCAUUAGAGAAUAGUCAAUCCAAACCAUAACUCUGUAGCCUUAAAUUCUCACAAUCCCUUUCAUUUUCUCUCAAUCAAGGGGAAAAAAAUAAAUAAAACCCAAGUUUUUGUUUUGAUAUUUUGUAUGCAAAAGAUGGUUAUGGAGAACUCAAUUGUUUCUGAGUUUGAAGGGAUUCUUUUGAAAGACUCGGACCCUUUCUCCUACUUCAUGUUGGUUGCAUUCGAAGCCUCGGGUUUAAUCCGGUUCGCUUUGUUGCUGUUAUGUUGGCCGGUGAUUCGGUUUCUCGAUGCGUUGGGCAUGGGUGAUGCGGGGUUGAAGUUGAUGGUCUUUGUUGCAACGGCGGGGCUUCGGGUGUUGGAGAUUGAAUCUGUGUCUAGAGCUGUUUUGCCUAAGUUUUUUAUGGAUGAUAUUGAUAUGGAGGCUUGGAGAGUGUUUAGUAGGUAUGAUAAAAGAGUUGUGGUGACAAAAAUGCCUAGGAUUAUGGUGGAAAGGUUCGUGAAAGAGCAUUUACGAGCCGAUGAGGUUGUUGGAAGUGAACUUGUGGUGAACCGAUUUGGAUUUGCUACAGGUUUAGUUGAUGGUGAUAUUGGUUUUAUCUCGAGUAAAGUCGCCAAGUUGUUCGUAGACGAUGAGCCUAGUUUAGGACUUAGAAGAGCUACGUCAAGUUUUCAAUUCUUCUCUAUAUGCAAAGAACAAAUGCACCCACCAUUUAUCACCGUCGAAAAUUGCCACGACCACAAACUCCUUCGUCCACUACCCGUAAUCUUUCAUGACGGUCGUCUCGUGAUGCGGCCAACACCUUUGACCGCUCUAUUAAUCCUCUCAUGGAUGCCAUUGGGCAUAGUACUAGCAACGAUUCGAAUUACUAUCGGUGUAAUGCUUCCGAUGCGAAUCAUCCCCUAUGUGACCCCUUUAUUUGGUGGCAAAAUCAUCGUCAAAGGCAAACCACCGUCACCCAUCUCUGGUAGCAACUCCGGCGUCCUAUUCGUUUGCACUCAUAGGACUUUAAUGGACCCUGUGGUCUUAUCCACUGUCCUCAUGAGAAAAAUCCCAGCAGUCACAUAUUCCAUAUCGAGAUUAUCUGAAAUCCUAUCACCUAUACCGACGGUAAGAUUAACAAGAAUCAGAGAAGUCGAUGCCCAAAAAAUCAAACAAGAACUAUCCAAAGGUGACUUAGUAGUUUGCCCAGAAGGUACAACAUGCAGAGAACCCUUUCUAUUAAGGUUCAGUGGCCUAUUUGCCGAAUUAACGGACCGAAUAGUCCCGGUCGCCAUGAACUAUAGGGUAGGGUUUUUCCACGCAACCACAGCCGGCGGGUGGAAAGCUUUGGACCCGAUCUUUUUCUUCAUGAACCCUAGACCUGUCUACGAAGUGACAUUCUUGAACCAGUUGCCAGCGGAAGCUACAUGUUCGUCAGGUAAAAGCCCGCAUGACGUCGCUAAUUACGUGCAAAGAAUCUUGGCCGCUACGUUAGGGUUUGAAUGCACAAAUUUUACAAGGAAAGAUAAAUACAGAGUAUUGGCCGGGAAUGACGGAACAGUUUCAUGCACUUCUCUCGUUGAUAAAGUUAAGAAGGUGGUGAGCACAUUUAAACCUUUUCUUCAAUGAAAGAAAAAAAUAUUUUUUUUUGUUAAUUUAUAGGAAUAACUUUAAUUAAUUGUGUUUUUUGGGUUGUAAAUUAUUGAAUUUUUUUUGUUUUGGAUUUUUUUAUUUGUGGAAUUGUUGAAUAACUUGUAAGGAUGAUUGAUGUUAAUUAAGUUUAUAUUUGUGGUUAA